CGAGCGUCGACCGUGUAAAGCCCAGGGAGACAAUCUCCUCCGGUUCGCGCGUCCUGCUGCGUUCAACAACUACGUACGUGUGUGUCUGUCUCUCUCUCUCUCUCUCACCCCUAAUUCGAGUUAGCAACAUCUUAGAAAUUAUUUUUUUUUUAGGUUUACUAAUUACCUAGAUAUUUGCUUUUAAUUCAUUUAUUAAAGAUAACAUAAACUGAAUUUUCUUUACAUUUCGAUCAAUUCACGAGAAAGACCAUUUUCAUUGUCCAGUGAAAUAUAUAUAUGUGUGAGUGUGUGUAUAUAUAUAUAUACAUGUAUAUGCCAGGUGAAUAUCCGUGAGUGUCUAUUUACAGUGUGUUGUAUUCGAAUGGUGGAUAUAUUGUGUCUUACUCUUUCUUCGUUUAUAGUGUGUAAAAAUAUAAAAUAAAUUUGUGACGAGAUAAAGAGAGGAGCGAAGAAAAAGAAGAAAAAAGAGAAAACGAACGUAUUGUUUUGAAAAGGAAAGAAUAAAAAAUAGAAAAGUAUAUCGUUAGAUUUAGCAACGAGGAUACACAUGCGAUAAAUUAAGACGAGGGAAGAUAAGUGGAACGAUCGAGACUCGAGCGGUUGGAGCAAGGUCACGGAUAAACUUGGUAGGAGUUCGCAAAGUGUUGUUGCUCGAGUGGGAAAGAGCUCCUUUUCUUCGCGUCGAUGGACGUUGGUAAGCUUCUUUAUUACGAACAGCCCAGUGUCGUGUUAUUAAAAUAGACGACGUAGUCGAGUGAAUCUUGAAAGGACAGUUUAUUCGGCUCGAAUUGGCUCAGAAACGAUGAUCAUCGGGGCAAACGCGUCCAACUUGAUAAGAUCCUUCAUAAUUCACGAACGAAAUUCAAACGGUUAAGAAGGAAAGGCUCAAGGAGAAGAAAAUAAAAGGGGAAAAAGAAAGAGAAAAAGGGAAAAAGGAAAAAAAAAAAGAAAGCAUGUCGGAAAGUGAGACCAAACCAGCCUCGCCGGUGCCAAACGUUUGCACGCAAGGUUGCAACAGUCUGAUUACCGUACAUUGCCCUACGCUUCAAGUGACAUCGCGAAUGUUGCGUUCGCCAAGCCACGAAAGUGUUACCACCGAUAUCUCCCUUUUCAGUGUAUCCUCGAUAGCAAGCGAAUUACGAUGUGCUAACAGGUUGGUUACCUUCAAAUCGUAUAGCGAUGUGCAGUUAGCUGGACGGGGACCCUCGCCGAAACCCGAUCGCCAGAUUCAGGAUAACAGACCAGCGGAUAUUCCGGAAAUCCUCUGGUUCGAGGAGGAGAACGAUCUGAUCCGCAGUUGCGGUGUUCUUUCCUCGGCACUGGGUCUUCGUAAAAGCUUCAGUACGAGCGACGUCUCGCAAUUACCGAGCCCGGACGCGUCUGUACCAGCAGCCGGACUUCGUUCGGCCGUAUCAGCCUUGGCACUCGAUACUCAAAGAAACAAUUUACUUUUGGAACACGCGAGGCUCGAUCACGCUUCGAGAUCCUGCAGCACGUGGGUCGCUGUUGGGGAACCCGUCGCGAGUACGUCUCAACUUCCGAGUCCUCACGGUGGUGCAGCGCAAGAACAACCACAACAAACCUCGAGCUCUCAUUCCUCCGCACCACAACCACCACCAGCUCCACCACCUCCACCUAUACCUUUUACCGGUGCCGAUCUUAUAAGGUCCGUCAAUAAGAAGGUCCGACAAAAUUAUAUACGCCGAAGAUUGCUGACGACCUACCGAGCUCUCGAACGACUAUCUCAAAGCGAAUUCAACUUGGACCAAUUGGAGGCAGCGGCAAGCGCAGCGCAAACAGGUGCACCAGGUACGACAUUACUCGUACCUGGUACUACUUCAACACUUUCCGGUACAUCAGUAAUCGGUCGAAAGGAACGGAAUCAUGCGUUGACCGUCAGAGACGUCGAAAGGGAACGCGGUAAUCAAUUAUCCAAGUACGAGAGGAACAUGAUGAUUUUUAAUUGGCUUCACACUCUCGAUGAUAAGGCAAUUGUCGACAGUGUCGAAUAAUCCUAAUCGAUCGAUGAUAAUCGGCUUAUCAAGCACCUAUGGCGCUUACCGAACACGGACUAAUCGGCAUCGACGUAUUAUUUCUGCCUUCUUCUUCUUAAUAUUUUUCUUUCCAAUAUUUCUUCUUUGAUUCGUUGUUAUUUUUUUCUCUUUUCUUUUUUUUUUAAUCUCAAUUUAGAGUACAUGAUAUAUAGACAUACAUAAAAAAUAAAAAUCGAUAUCUAAUUACGUAAACGGAAGGCCUUUUCACAGAGGAACAAAAGUUGGUUGCAAUCGAAAAAGAUAUGAGAAAAGAGGAAAAUCCUCGUUAGACGCGCGGUUGAGAGACGUCCGUCCCCUCUCGUCCAAAAGAUAUAUCGCAUAAAAAAUAGAUAAAAAAAAAAAAAAAAAAAAAAAAAAAA